GCCGUACCUGUGUGCUAGGCCAACGCUGCUGUGAACGCCCACUUUAGUUAUUGCUUUUUUUUUUUUUUUUCUUUUGCGGAGAGACCGCUCCAUUCAUAGGGUUGGGCAGGCAGGCAGGCAGGCAAGGCAGCGCAGCGCAGGAGAGGCAACAUCAUCGGCGACUAGCGUGGAACCCAGAUAAUGGUCUCACACUGAGAAUAAUAGGGCCAGUUCAAACCGCGCUGUCAUUGUUUUCUUUAUACAUCGGGCCUACCGUGAUACUGAACCGAAACAUCACGUCAGUAAUGGAAUUUAAGUAUAUUGGCUGAAUAUUGGAGGUCCUAUACUUGACCUGCCGCGGAAACACACGGACUUCCUAGACGCCUGACUCACAGCUGCCGCAGCCCUACCACUCUGCUCGGCUCAUUUAACGCAGACCGUCACCGGACUACUGGCUCUGGCAUCUGGAUACAUCAGAACGGGUCUGCCAUCGUUUCAGAAACGCGAACGUGCCUGUGUGUGCUUUUGUUGCCUGUAUAAUGCCGACACAUUUGCGGUUCCGGAGAAGGUCAUUCCUUGGGCUUUUAUUCCUUUUUUCACUGUCCACCUCGGCAUUGUAUUUCAUCUACUCCGCCCCCGGAAUCGUGAAUGAGUAUGUGUUCAUGGUCCAGGCCAGAGGGAUCCAGAUCAGAGAGAAUGUGAAGAACAUCGGAGCUCAGGUUCUGGAGCAAGUGGUGAGAGGGGCUUACAGCAUAAAUGGCACAGAUUAUUCGUAUGACUUCAACUUUAGCGAAAGUGAUGCUCUUCCUACGACAUACCUCCCCGAGGGCUUCACCUACCUCCCCUCACAAGUUUGCCCUGAGAGGCUACCCUCUAUGAAGGGCAGGUUGGAAGUGAAUAUGAGUGAGAUAUCUCUUGAAGAAGUGGAAAGAGCCUUUUUGGAGGGAGAGCCUAAAAUUGCCUAUGGAGGCUACUGGAAGCCCAAAGACUGUUUACCUCGCUGGAAGGUGGCAAUCCUAGUUCCCUUCAGGAACCGACAUGAACACUUGCCCAUCCUCCUGAGACACCUGGUGCCAGUGCUGCAGAAACAGAGACUCCAGUUUGCCUUUUAUGUGAUAGAACAGGCGGGUACAGAGCCAUUUAACCGAGCCAUGUUGUUCAAUGUGGGCUUCAAGGAAGCUAUGAAGGACCUGAACUGGGACUGUCUAAUCUUCCACGAUGUGGACCAUCUGAUGGAGAAUGACAGGAACUACUACGGCUGCACGGACAUGCCUCGACACUUUGCGGUCAAACUUGACAAGUACUCCUAUAUGCUUCCGUAUAAUGAGUUCUUCGGUGGUGUCAGUGGCCUGAUGGUUAAGCAGUUCAAAAAGAUUAAUGGAUUUCCUAAUGCAUUCUGGGGCUGGGGAGGAGAGGACGAUGACCUCUGGAACAGGGUGCAGUUUGCCAAUUACACAGUAAGUAGACCACAUGGAGAGCUGGGACGCUACAUGUCAAUUCCACAUCACCAUCGUGGAGAAGUGCAGUUCCUGGGCAGGUAUAGUCUUCUCCGUCACUCAAAACAGAGACAGAAGGUGGAUGGUCUUAACAACCUAAACUACUCCCCCCUAGUGUCCAGAAGGCCUCUCUACACCAACAUCACAGUCAGCUUGAGCAGAAAGCUUGCACCAAUAGCUGACUACUGACGUAGGCAGAGCUGGACUGCAAAAUCAGAGUCCUCUGGGACAUCAGCCAUAUCUCACCAGUUGCAACACUGCUUAGGACAUUUUAGUUGACAGACUUAUUGCUUUAUUUUGGUUGUAUGCAAAAAGAAAUUAGAGAAUCAAAUGAGUAUGUUUGAAAACCAUAUAAGAAAAUAGGGAUAAAUGCUGCACUUUGUUUGCGCCACAGUUCAUCAUUCCUCUCAUCUGGGCUUAUCUAGACUUCAGUCUCCACAUGCCUUUUGCACCAUUUUGGCCUUCAGCAUUCAUUCCUUGAUUCAUUUUCUUAUUCUGUCCAUCACUAGCUCAACCCUGCACUUUUGUGCUCGACGAUUUCAAUAGGUUAUGAUACACAUGCAUAUCCAAGUGCACGCACACACACCACACAUGCACGCAGAGUUUGACUUAAAUGUGUUGACAUUGCC